AUGUUAAAAUUAACUAACUAUAAUUUAAAAUUCAAAAUUACUCAAAAUUAUCGAUUAUGGUUUCUUUAUCCAUUGGCAAGGAAAUAUAAACCCCAGCAUAAAGCCAUUAUACAGAGCUAUUUUAACUCACAUUUUCAUCUAUAUUUGCAAAGAAGAAAAAAUACAGAAGAACCAAAGAAAGAUGCAAUACUUAUACAUUCUCACAUUCCAACAUCAAAAAUACUAUUAACAAAACUUAAAAACAGCUCUAAAUUUAGUAUACAUCAAUUCGACACCUAUAAUUUAGUUUCUACGCUAGAAACAACAGGUUUCACUCAUAGUCAAGCUGUUGCUAUUAUGAAAUCUAUUCACGCAUUAAUUAAUAAUUUAGAAGCGGCAAAAACAAAGUUUAUUUCUCGUUCAAAUCUUGAAAAUGAAACUCAUUUAUUCCAUACAUCCCAAUCAGAGCUUAAAACAGAAAUUCAAUCUAUGAGGAAAAAUGAAACAACUGUUUUACGUGCAGAAACAUCAAACUUAAGGAAACAAUUGGAAACAUUAGAGCAGACACUUAAAGAAGAUUUAAUGGCUCUAAAAAAUGAUGUGGCCAUAGAUGUUAAUGAGAGAAAAAACUCAAAUAAAGUAGAAGAAAAAGAUAUCGAGAUAAAAAUCCAAGAAUUAAAUAAUAAAUUCACAAUUAUUCUUGGAGAAAUUCGAGCAAUAUUAGAAAGAAGUAAAUGGGAUGCUACUAGAUAUGGAAUGUGUAAGUUUUUCUUAUUACAACAAAAUCUUAAUAUUAUAAAAGUUGCGAUAUUUAUCAUUGCAGGAUUUGCAUUAAUUGUUAUUUCUAUGCAAGAAACUAUUCAAAAAAAAACUCAUAAAAUUAAAUCAGAACUUUAA